AUGCAAUGCCUGAAUUCAAUGUCAGGCCACCGAUUCCAUUGCCUGAGAACGGGGGCAUCUGGAUCAAUUGGUGGCCAAUACAUAAUUAACGAUUGCGAGGACAACCAGAGGGACAAACCACUGCCCAGUGUAAGCGAAGGACAAGCAAUGACCUCUGGUCAGGGAUGGCAGCAUGUUGCGGCGUUGAUGUCAUUACCUCCGGCUGCACCGACUCACCCAAUGGCCCAAUCCCCCAGAACACAAGCCCCACUCCAAGCGACGGGUCACGCAAUAUUUUGGACUUACGACUGGCCUGCGGGGACCACCAGGAGCUAGAUCUACCGCAUGAGAGUUGAGUUGUCAGUGGCGGAGGCGGAGGCGCGGUCUGGAGGUGCCUUAAUUAGGCAAAUUGGUAUUUAAAUUGUUG